CCAUGUUGCGGCGCUUUAUGCGUGCGGCCGUUCGCGCCGCGCUCAGCUCUUCCGCGGUUCCACAGCACCGCCCGGCACCGCGCCAUGUGUGCUCCGCGCCGCCGGACAGCGUGGGGCGGCUGCAGGCAUCGCACUACCGCCUGGUGUACACCUGCAAGGUUUGCCGGCGCCGCUCGGCGCAGAACAUUUCCCGCCUGGCCUACAGCCGCGGCGUCGUCAUCGUCACGUGUCCCGGCUGC